UUUUGAAAUUUAGGGUUCCUGGCUAGCGGAAUGGCGUGAAUGCGCCUUCUACAAUGCCGGAUCCGGUGCCGCCCCAGCACAAUCGUUGAGCGCAGGCUAGAACUAGAUCGUUUCUCGUGGUUUCAGCAUGGAAAUCCCGCCGCGGCGAGCAUCCCGGCGCUGCUGAUCGCUCUCAAGGCCUGCGGCAUCGCAAGGGAGGUCCAAUCCGGGAGGAAAAUCCACUGGGACUCGGCCAGGAGCGGCCUUGGCUCGGCGAUUCGCGUGGCAAAUACGCUGAUUUCUAUGUACGCGAGGUGUGGAAGCAUUGUGGAAGCCAAGCGCGUCUUCGAUGGAAUGGAAGCGCCCGACACUGUCUCGUGGAACGCUCUCAUCCAGGGAUACGCUACAAGUGGUGAGGAUGAUCAAGCGUUACAGCUUUUUUUCCAGGCUCGGGGCAGUGGUUUAGUGGAUUCUCGGACUCACGUCUUUACUCUCAUGGCCUGCUCCGCCAUGGCCGAGAAAGAGGAGUUCACUUUCAUCGAUGGAAGGUUUUUAAAGAUAUCUACGUUGCUGGAACGCUGGUGGAUAUGUACUCCAAGUGUGGAAGCAUGGAGAACGCUGUCAGUGUGUUCGAGAGCAUGAGAACGGGCAACCCGAGGUAGCGCUCGACUUUUUCCAGCGCAUGCAACGAGAAGGCUAUGAACCAAAUGCUCGAACUUUCGUGGCGGCAUUGGUGGCUUGUGUGGAAAUGACGCUGAAACACAGAGGGAAGCAGGGAGAAAAGGUGGUGAAGGCGAAGUGCUUGGAAAUUGGGAAACAUCUCCAUUCUCAGGCUGCGAGAAGGGAAUUGGACUCGGAGCUUUUCGUGGCUAGCAGCUUGAUAGAUAUGUACUCCAAGUGUGGGAGCGUUGGGGAGGCUUGGAAGGCUUUCAGCGGUAUCAAGAGGCACGACGUGGUUUCGUGGACGACAAUGAUUCUGGGAUACGCAGAGAAUGGCGAUGGGAAAAGAGCUUUGGAGCUCUUCGAGCUGAUGCAAGCUAGAGGGUGCUCACCAAACACCCAGACUUAUCUUGCGGCGCUGCUGGCUUGUACAACUAUAGUCUCCAGCACAGAAAAACGAAGUGAUGCCGAGAUGAAGCUCCUCAAAUUUGAGUGUCUGGAGAAAGCUAUGGGGAUCCACUCUCGAGCACUCCAAACCGAUAUCUUUGUGGAGAAUGGGCUCCUGGAUCUUUACGCCAAGUGUGGAAACAUGCUCGACGCCCGGAAAGUCUUUGACAUGAUGAAGUGUCACAACGUGGUUUCCUGGAGUGCUCUCAUCCAUGGCUAUGCACAAGACGAGCAUGAAAGCGAGCUGGCUUUUGGGAUGUUUGCGGCAAUGAAGGACUCGGGUGGCUGCUUGCCGGAUGCUCAAGUUUACGUCGCUGUGCUUGUGGCAUGUAGUAAUGCGGCAGGCUUCGACACAGGGAAAACUCUCCACGCAGAAAUUUGCAAGCAGGGACACGAAAGCAACGAGUUUGUAGGGAAUUCUCUGGUGGAUUUCUACGGUAGGAACGGCCGUGUCGACAAAGCUGAGCAGGUCUUUGAUUCGAUGCCAAACAAGGACUUGGUGUCGUGGAGUUCACUGCUAGCAGGAUUUAGUCGCCUGGGAGAUGCUACCAGAGUUUUCCAGCUCUUCUCGGAGAUGCGUGAAGCAGGAGUUCAAGCAAACGCUGUGACUUUCCAAUCGGUGUUGUCGGCAUGCAGCCACGCUGGGCUUGUCGAAAAAGGGAAGAAGUGCUUCAAAAGCAUGGAUCUGGAAUACGGGGUCAAGCCAGGGAUAGAACACUACCAGUGCAUGAUCGACUUGCUGGGGCGUGCGAGCCAUCUGGAAGAAGCUCUGGCUAUGGUGAAAGGCAUGCCUUACGAAGCGAAUGUGAUCACCUGGACGACGGUGCUGGGUGCCUGCGAGAAGUGGAAGAAUGUGGAGAUUGGCCGAGCGGCGUUUAACUCGCUGCUGGAGCUGGACGAGCAGCGUGGUGCUGCUUACGCUUUGAUGGCCAACUUGUAUGAGCGCUGGAAUGUUGGAGAGAAGCAGCGCGAGACUGGAAGAGAUCUACAAAGCUGACGUGAAGACUUGAUUGAUCCAUGGAAAAGAUGCGCAUAAAGAAUGAAAGAAUGCGUUGCGUGACGUGCUGAGAGAGACUACCACGGCCGAUAUAAUUCCUCCAAUCCCGCCUAUAUGAUCGGUACUGGAAAUUCGAAGAACCAAACGGAGGUAAAGCUCGUGUCUUUGUUUAUAAUUCCAGGUGUGUGUGUGUGUGUGUGUGUGUGUGUGUUUUUCUCUUUUUUUUUGAUGGAUUUAGGCGUGGCAUCCCAUACGUAUGUGUGUCCUCUUCGUCUAACGUGCUAUUGUUUUUUUCUUGCCAGCCAAAAGUCUACAAUUGCUCAAACACUGUUCCAAAUUUAUACACCUUGCAUCUUAGGAUGCAUAGCACAUAUUUGCGUAUGAUAGUUUUUCUAUUAGUUGUGAAUAUGCCUGUUUUAUUUUUGUCACUAAAUUUGAAUUUGAUCAAGACGAUUGGUUAGAAUGUAUGUGUUAGAAGAAUUUGCCAGGAUGUCUUUUCGAAAGUUACGUGUAGUUUGGAAAGUUGAGCAAAUAAGAUCUCCUUUGCUUGAA